AUAUACAGCUAACCAACUCUUAUUCAAAUAUAUUACAUUUCCAAAGAAACUGGUAGAUUGCAAUUGCGACUAAUUAAGACGCAUUUCAAUUUUACUUGUUAUACAACUUCGAAGUUUUGAAAAAAAUUGAUUAAACAUUUUUAUUACAAUUCACCUAAAAUCUAGUGUUUAAUUAUAGAAAAUUUCCUGAUCGAGAACGAAAAAAAUAUAUAACUAAAAUAAGUUAACUUUUGGGUCAAAAUAUUAUAUAAUACAGUAAAUUUGUUGACAAAUUAAGAGAACGGUAAAUUUAAGUUCUUAACAUAUUAUUGAAUUACAAAAGUCAAAGAAAAUAAAAUUAAAAAGGAAAGUAUAUUAUGCUUAAUAAACAGUCAUAAAUGCAAUAAACAAACAAAGCCAACAACUUCCAUAAUCUACAACUUUAUGUUUAAUCCAAUGGUUAACAAUUAAACUAGGUAACUAUGCAUUACCUUUAGCACAUGCUUCAACCUAUGCCUUUCAUUAAUAGAACUUCUUAUAAUUCUCUCUCAACUCUUAAAAUUUCUUCACCUUGGUCUGAACUAAGAUUUAUCUAAUCUAUCACAGUCAUAAGCUUAUUUGAUUACGAGGACGAGGAGAAUCAAAGCAAAAUGUUUCCAUCGCCACAGCCGCAUCACCCACAAGGGAUGAUGACACUAUACACACCUGCAUUUUUAAUGUCGCAUCAUAUGAUGUAUGCGUCACCGCCACCGCCUUACUCGCCUAAUCAUCAAUAUUUGAAUCAUAACCCGAAUCACGAAUCUCGUGGUGACGAAUAUCAGAACACAUCUAACAGCGAGAAAAAAACCAUUUGGAUUGGUGAUUUGCAUCAUUGGAUGGAUGAGAAUUAUCUUAAAUGUUCUUUUGCUUCGGUCGGCGCGGUGGUUUCGAUCAAGGUUAUCCGCAAUAAGCACACUGGUUUAUCUGAAGGCUAUGGCUUUGUGGAGUUUCUUUCGCAUGAUGUGGCUGAUAAAGUUUUGAAGAAGUUUAAUGGAACAUAUAUGCCGAAUACAGAUAUGCCUUUCCGUUUAAAUUGGGCCAGUUCUAGCACCGGCGAGGAGAAUGAACAUGAGCUCUCUAUUUUUGUGGGGGAUUUGGCGCCAGAUGUCUCUAAUUCUCUAUUGUACAACACCUUUUCAGAGAUCUAUCCUUCGGUUAGAGCUGCAAUAGUUAUCAUAGAUACAUAUACUGGUAUAUCAAAGGGUUUCGGUUUUGUGAGGUUUGGAGAUGUAAACGAGAGGACCAAAGCAAUGACAGAAAUGCAUGGCGUAAAAUGUUCUAACAGAGCUAUGCGAAUAGGUCCUGCAACACCUAAGGAGACAACAAGUUUUCGACAACAAGGUUUUUUUUUUCUUUCGACUUUUCAAUCUUUUGAUUUAUAUAUAGUUGUAGUUUUGGGUUCGGUUUAUUCCUAAAAAGGCAACUGGAUAUUUAUCUUAUUAAGGUAGAAGUACUUUAAGUUUUUGUUCGAAAACAUAGAUAGUAGUAAAAAAUAAAUAUAAUGACGUUUGAAAACAUGGAUAUCAAUAAGUUAGGAAAUAAAAAGUAAUGACUUAUGCUAUUAAAAAAAUUGGAACUCCAUUACAUUAUAUUAAUCUAUCUUAUUAAAGUAGAGGUACUUAAAACUUUUGUUUGGAAACAUGGAUAGUAGUAAAA